GGCCCCGUGAAGCAGGACAGCAACAGGAUUUCCCUGGUUGCCACAGUAAUACAAAGUUAAUCUCAAGUUCCCAGGAUGCAACUUGGGACCCCAUUGAGGGCAAAAAUGGGAAGGUGUCACCAGCCAAAAAAGUAAAUAAACUUACUGGUAAGUUGAGAAAAGUGACUGGAGGAAGCAGGCAGGUGGGUGAGCGAAGCUGAGCACCCAUGCUCCAUUACCCCGAGGAGAGGAGGAGACCUUCAGUCGCCAGGAAGGGACUCGUUGCUUCUCUUCCGACAAGAUGCAGGGUGACAAAAUGGAUCCCAACGUGAUGGACGUACCUUCACCCCAUCCCACCGAGUGAACCCCCAAACCAGAAGGAGUCUGAGAUCCCGGGGGCUGGGGCAAGACAAAGUCCAGGGAAAGAAGAAGAAGCAGGAGCAGAAUUGCUUUGAUUUUGAUUUUGCGUGCUAGAAAAGAGGAAACCAACCAACCAGCCUACGGCUGAAAUAAACCAGUGAGGAAAGUGAAGGAUUCACAAGCGCAGCAGGGCGGAGCUGUCUUCUCAGCCCAGGACCAGCUGCUUCAGGAGCAAGAGGUGGAAUAUUUCUGGGGCAAGAAAACAAGUGGUGGUGUGUGUUUUGACUCGGUGCGUGACGGAUUUGCCAGCAGCCUGCCCCUUGCGGACAGCUGCCCCAAUGCUGGAUCGCAGAACCAGGAUGGACAGCUCCAAGAAGGAGAAGGUGGAGCAGAUCCUGUCGGAGUUCCGGCUGCAGGAGGAGGAUCUGAAGAAGGUGAUGCGUCGGAUGCAGAAGGAAAUGGAUCGGGGGCUGAAGCUGGAGACGCACGAGGAAGCCUCUGUGAAAAUGCUGCCCACUUACGUACGCUCCACGCCCGAAGGCUCAGAGGUUGGGGACUUCCUGUCGUUGGAUCUCGGCGGCACCAACUUCCGCGUGAUGUUGGUGAAAGUGGGCGAAGGGGAAGAAGGGCAGUGGAGCGUGACGACAAAGCAUCAGAUGUAUUCCAUCCCAGAGGACGCCAUGACGGGAACUGCUGAAAUGCUCUUCGAUUACAUCUCCGAAUGCAUCUCCGACUUCCUGGAUAAACACCAGAUGAAACACAAAAAGCUGCCUCUGGGCUUCACAUUCUCCUUCCCCGUGAGGCAUGAGGAUAUUGACAAGGGGAUCCUUCUGAACUGGACGAAGGGUUUCAAAGCAUCAGGAGCUGAAGGGAACAACAUCGUGGGGCUUUUGCGGGACGCUAUCAAGCGCCGAGGGGAUUUCGAGAUGGACGUGGUCGCCAUGGUCAAUGACACGGUGGCUACAAUGAUUUCCUGUUACUAUGAAGAUCACCGGUGCGAGGUUGGCAUGAUAGUGGGUACCGGCUGCAACGCCUGCUACAUGGAGGAGAUGGAGAACGUGGAGCUGGUGGAGGGGGACGAGGGCCGGAUGUGCGUGAACACUGAGUGGGGAGCCUUCGGGGCCUCAGGGGAGCUGGACGAGUUCCUCCUGGAGUACGAUCGGGUGGUGGAUGAGACCUCACUUAACCCCGGGCACCAGCUCUACGAGAAGAUGAUCGGAGGCAAGUACAUGGGAGAGAUCGUGCGGCUGGUGCUGCUAAAACUGGUCAAUGAAAAUCUGCUCUUCCAUGGGGAGGCGUCCGAGAAGCUGAAAACCAGAGGCAGCUUCGAAACCCGCUUCAUCUCGCAGAUCGAAAGCGACGCCGAUGACUGGAAACAGACCUACAACAUCCUGACGUCCUUCGAGCUGCUGCCCUCGCUCACGGACUGCGACAUCGUGCGGAUGGUGUGCGAGAGCGUCUCCACGCGGGCGGCACAGAUGUGCUCGGCAGGGCUGGCCGGCGUGAUCAACCGCAUGCGGGAAAGCAGGGGCGAGGAGAGGCUGAAGAUCACCGUGGGCAUCGAUGGCUCGGUCUACAAGCUCCACCCCAGCUUCAAAGACCAGUUCCAUGCGACCGUCAGACAGCUGGCGCCCGGCUGCGACAUCACCUUCCUCCAGUCAGAAGAGGGCAGCGGCAGGGGGGCCGCCCUGAUCUCGGCGGUAGCGUGCAAAAUGGCCUGCCUGAUUGGCCGGUGAGCGAGGCCGCUGGCCAAAGGACCACGGAAGGAGCAGCCGCAGCUGGGAUGUGGCUCCAUGCCGAGUUCUUUAGAGCGCGUGCGCCCAGGAGCGGAACCAACAAUUGAAGGGGCGGGGCAGUUCCUGACCCCGCCCACCUGCCUCCCACCUGUCCUAGCCACUGCGCUAGCUGCACUGUGUCCCCUUGCUGUUCCUCAGCCCUCUUUGCUGCUGCCAGGCCGGGCUCUUGGUCCACGCAAUAAAUCGGUUCCCGAGGAGGUAUACUCCUAGGAUUGGUUUGAGGGGAGGGGGAAGGGCAGUCCUCUGACCCUUCUCUUCUGAUUGGCUCAGGAAUUAAAAUGAGACGGGCGCAUCAAAACGGCGUCCAAUCCGCACAAACGGCGGUCGAGGGUUGCGUUUCUCUCAGCCAAUCAGGUGCGUGGACGUCGGGGCGUGUCAGGAGCCCGCGAUCGGUGGCAGGCUGGCGUGUGCUUGGGGGGGUGCUGGCGUCAGGACUAGAGCCCAGGCGGGAGGCGGAGGCUGGAUAGAGACUGGCCUGUCCACUAGCCGGAGGCCCAGGUGUGGCUGGGCCUGCUGAGCCCAGGCUGGGAUGGAGCUGGCGGGAAUCUCCGGCAAGAGAGCAGCUGGGGGGGUUCACUUCCCCUCCCGCCCUUUCCUGACCCUCCAAGUCUAGCUGCCGAACAGGGCCAAAAGCUUUGCCUCUGGUCUCCCCCCGUCUCUGGCUUUCCCCUCCAUGGUGCAGCUCGGGUUCCUUUAGGAAUAGCAAUAGAUCCUCUCUCUUCUGGUUGUGCCCAAAGGCCGGCGGCCCCAUGGCACUGGCUGCGGUCCGAACACCAAUGAAGAGAUGUUCCUUGCGGCGGACUGACCUGGCAUCCCUGCCCCUGAUGCUCUGGGACAGAGCCCACAACAGGGAGCGCUCCCCAGGGCCCAGCCCACCCCUUUCCAUCUGGAAAUCCAGCUCCGGGGCUCGCCUUCCUCCUCCCAAGCACACCUAGUCCUUGGUCUCCCUGGGGUGCACCUCCUGCUCACAAGGAGGAGGCUGCCGUGGAGUAAAUCCUGCCCUGUGCUGUUUGGCUGGCCUUGGGCUGGUUUCGCAGAGGCAACAGAAAUUCAGGAAACCAGGGCAAACCCCAGGGCAAGAACUGCUCUCCCCGGGAAACCUUUCUGUUGGAAGCAGAUACAGAGCGGGGGGCAGAUACCUUCUCUCAGUCAUAUGUGACCACAUGGCCUGGUGUGAGUUGGCCAUCUGUGUUCCCUGUACCGCAUAGCCCAGACUUCCUCUUGGGGGGAGGCUGGGGGGCUUUCUGCUGGACACCCCCCCACACACACACACACAGCAGCCAGCCAUGUCUGCACAUUCUGUGUUGGUCCGAGGUCCGGUCCACGUCUCUUUGUUGCCAAGCAUUUGAAAUCUUCAGGUACCCCUCCCGCCCUCUCAGGCUAACGUUGAUUAGGCUGUACCUCUCCUGAGCAGGACCAGUGCUGCUGUUCGUGAGCCAGACACAUUGUCACCCCCACUCCCCUCCACACACAGCCUGCGUGUUCCCAUGCAGCGUGCACACCCCAGUGCACAAAGCCCACCGGGUGCACGCCUUCACCCACUCACCGUCCCAUGGGAUGUGCGUCGCACUGCGGCUCGUCAGAUAAGCAUCAUGCAUGUGCGCACCAAGCCCUACAGACUCAUGCAUCUUUUGAUAGCCCCACACACGGGUGCACGUACCGUCCUUGUAUACUCAAUCCAUCUGCAGGACGCCUCAGCCGGACAUACAGGGCUUCCACUCUUUUUUUUUCUGUACAUAAGAAUAAAAUAAUUCUGAUGUUCUGGGCCUGACUGUUUAGUAGCGAUGAAAUUCACCCCAACAGCGUAUUAGACUUUAUCCUAUGUUUGAUGUUAAAAUAAUUCCCCACCCAUCCCUAGUGAUGGCACCCUGCCCACAUCAGACAUGGAGGUGUGGAGGGGGGGCACAUAUCCCUGAGUUAAAGUCCCCCUCACGCAAUCAAAACACAACGUAAGAAUAGAGAAGAUACAUGUAGCGUCCAGACAGCCUUUGUAAAGGGCAUGAUCUACCCCUCUGCGGGGCUCCUAGGGGCAUUGUAUUGCAAGUGCCAUCUGUGGUAGGUAAUAUACAAGAGCUAUGCUUCCUAAUGCCAGACCUGGUCAUGUAGGAGCCAGCUGUAGGACACAAGACAGGUCUGGAAGAAGCCAGCAGUUGCCCUCUGAUCUCUGGCUCUUCUGAAGCUCCUGGCCCUAGAGAGGACUGUCCUGGCAGGUCCCAGCCUCUUGCUUUCUCCCUGUGUCAGUGUACUCCUGGCACUGUCUGCGUCACAUCCCUGAGCUGUCAGAGCUGCCUGGCCCAUGAGUACUUCCUACGCAGACUGGUUGUUCCUGGCAGCGACAAGAGGAUGAUAUUUUGGGAUCGGGGAACGGGAGCGUCCUUUAUCCUCCCCACCAGAGAGGGUCAAAAAAGCCCCCAAAUCCUGAUUCGAAUCCAGCUUUCAUUUCCAAAUUUUCCAGCCAAAAGUUUGGAACGAACAAUGUUUCCUUUGGAAUUGUUGGCAGAAAAAGUUUGCAAGGGAAUCUGACUCCGAAUCGGGAUUUUUUUCUUGCCGUUUGGUUUUUGCAAAGCACGAUGUUUUCAGAAAUCUGGAUGUUUGUGGUUCCUUUUAGCGUCGAAGGCCAGAAGGGACCAUUGUGAUCCUCCGAUCUGACCUCCUGUUUCGCACAGGCCAAAGACCUGCCCCACAGUCAUUCCUAGAGCAGAUCUAUUAGAAAUCUAGCAUCUUCGUUUGAAAAUUUAAUUAUGGAGAAUCUACCGCGACCCUUGGUAAAUUGUUCCAGUGGUGAAUUAUCCUCAAGUGUCAAAAGUUUACACCUUAUUUCCAGUCUGAAUUUGUCUAUCUUCGACUUUCAGUCAUUGGGAUCAUGUUAGACCUUCUUCUGCCAGACUGAAGAGCCCAGUAUUAAAUCUUUGUUCCCCACGUCGGUACUGACAGACUGGGAUUAAGUCCCCCCUUCACCGUCCCUUUGUUAAGCUAAAUAGACGGAGCACCUUGAGUCUCUUGCUAUAAGGCAGGUUUUCUGAUCCUUGAAUCAUUCUUGUGGCUCUUUUCUGGUCCCUCUCCAAUUUAUGAACCUCUCUUUUGAAUUGUGGGCACCAGAACUGGACACCGGAUUCCAGCAGCGAUCGCACCAGCGGCAAACACAGAGUUGAAAUAACCGCUCGGCUCUGAUCCGAGAUUCCCGUUUAUGUAGCCCAGGAUCGUAUUAGCUCUUUUGGCCACAGCAUUGCAUGGGGCACUCACGUUCUGCUGAUUAUCCAUCAUGCUCCCCAAAUCUUUUUCAGGGUCUCUGCUUCCCAGGAUACAGUCACCUAUCCUGUAAAUAUGGCCUACAGUCUUUCUUCCUAGAUGCACACAUUUACCUUUAGCUGUAUGACAAUGCAUAUUGUUUGCUUGCGCCCAGCUUUCCAAGUGAUCCAGAUCGCUCUGUAUCAGUGACUUGUCCUCUUCGUUAUUUACCAUGUUCCCAAUUUUCGUGUCCGCUGCAAACUUCAUCAGCGAUUAUUUUGUUUUCUUCCAGGCCAUUAAUAAAAAUGUUCAAUAGCGUAGGGCCAAGAACCGAACCUUGUGGGACCCCACUAGAAACACACCCAUUUGAUGCUGAUUCCCCAUUUACAAUUACGUUUUGAGACCUCUCCAUUAGCCAGCUUUUUAUCCAUGUCCUGUGUGCCACGUUAAUUUUACAGUGUUCUAGUUUUGUAAUCAAAAUGUCGUGCGGUACCCAGUCAGAUACCUUACCGUAGUAGUCUAAGUAUGUUACCUCAACAUUAGUACCUUUAUCAACCAAACUUGUAAUUGCAUCCAAAAAAAGCUGUCAUG